UGUCAGUGAAGUUUUGGUAAUUGAGGGUAAUACGAAGAAUUAUGCUCACAGUAAGGUGGAAAUAUAUGAUAUAAAUCAGGGAUUCAUUGGAGAGCUUCCUGAACUUCCAACACCAAGGGCUGAAUUUGGCUGUGCUCUGUUUAACAAUGAAGUGUGGGUAGCUGGAGGGGGUGGUGCAGAUUUUUCUCUCACUAUGCUUGUUGAAGUAUUUAACCUUGCUAGUAGAACAUGGAGGACAGGACCUAGUAUGCGAUAUGCGCGCGUCGGACUAACUUUGGAGGUGGUUGGGGACGAACUUAUUGCUUUUGGAGGCUAUGGAUAUCCAGAUUCAUUAGAGAGGUUUAAUGGUGAGAACUGGAUUUUUGAUGUUGAACCUAUGCAUUAUCAUCAUUAUCUUCAUUCCUCUGUAGUUAUUUCGUGUUAAAUGUUUUAAACCAUAAAUAAAUUGAUAAAUAAUAAAGCUUUGAUGAAUAAA